AUGUGUGUGUGUGUGUGUGUGUGUGUGUCCAUGCAAACAUUUGAUUUACCUAGCUAGUUUGUUAGUCUGUUAUUACCUAGUGCUCUGAAGGACAAGCGUGACAGUGGAAGGCCCAGCACAGUUGUAUAGUACAGCACUCACACCAAGAUGGAUGAUGCAAAAACUCACAAAAAGAGAGGGUCAAGUCAGAGGAGGGCAUUUCAUCAAGGUCAUCGAGGAAUACCAAAACCUAAACAUGUGCUGUGUGCCAGCCGAGGUCACAGGAGGGCUCGGGUCAUGAAGAGUCUGGUACUGAGACGGAAGGCUUCUGACUAUGAUGUGAAGCAGGCACAAAGAGAGAGGUACUUGUUCAAGAAAAUUAUUCUGUAUGAGACUGACAAAGUGGAUGACCUGAUCGAGGACUUUGGCGCCAUGCUGCAGGUGUCCCCUGCCCCCCUCCCCCUGCCUGACCCAGACCCACUGAUGGCUGAGUCUCACCACACUGGGCCCAUGAAGACACUGAAGGAGUUGUGUGAGGUGAGUGGGUUCAGUCUGCACAUGCUGGGGCGCCUCACACAGGUGAUGGGCAGGCAGGAGGCACAGCGCACCUUGCAGGCCAUCAGCUUCACCCCUCCCGUCACCUUCCUCAGGACAAACACACUCAAGAUCAGCCCCAAGAAGAUGUGGCAGGAGCUGGUGGUGGGAGAAGUGAGUGCCUGGCUGCCGCGGUGGUCCAGCGUCACCAUGCUGGCCCUGGAUGAUCCCGUCAACCCUCGGCCCCUCAUCAGGAAAAUGAUCUCAGACGGAAAGUGUUCCCAGCAGAAGGAGAGAAAGUGGCAGGAAAUUAGCAUGCCACUCGAGAGGGGUGCCGAGGGGAGACACAGACAGCCUGGAGGCAAGGCGGCAAGCAUCAAAGGUCCAGUCACUGCUGCUCAGAGUCUGACCUUGUUUUAUAGUGCAUAUGGCAGCAUCAGUUCCCUGGUGGUGAUGGUGCUGGCAGCCAAGGCCGGGGAGGAUGUGCUGGAGCUGUGUGCCACUAACUCAGGCAAGACACUGCACAUAGCGGCGAUGCAGAUGAACUCCAGCAGGCUGGUGGCAAACACUCUACACAAGGAGGAGGUGCAGGCAAUGAUGGACACCAACUCCCGUCACGAUGUGCAGAACUGUGUGGUCACCUGUAUUGAACCUGCACUCCUGGCCAAGAGGCAGGCCGGGAGGUACCAGAGGGUGGUGGUAGAUGCCCCAAGCUCAGGAGUCGGCAUGGUGCGCCUUACCCCGGGAACAAGAGUGUGCUGCACCAUUGAGGACCUGCACCACAUCUCAACGCGACAGAGGCUCCUGCUGCUCAACGGCGCUGACUGUGUGAGGCAAGGAAGGACGCAGAACUCCUACCUUGUGUAUACCACCUGCUCUGUCCUGGCUGAAGAAAAUGAAGACGUGGUACAACAUCUGCUGGAGGCCAGACCUCAGUUCAAGCUGGUGCCCACCGGCCUUGGCAUUGGCGUGCCUGGCCUGACACAAUACAAAACACGUAGUUACCAUGAUGACAUGUGGCUCACCAGAAGAAUUUAUUGCCACCAACACCACAUGCAGGGAGCCUUCAUUGCAAAGUUUGUGCUGGAGAGUAAGGUGAAUGCUGUGAAGACCUCCACAGAUAAGAAGCUGCUCCUCAAACAGACCUCCAAACAGGACCAGCACACCAGUAAGACCAAGAGGGACAAGAAAGCCAAGCAAAGCACUGGGUCUGGGUGCAAGAAAGGGUCACAUGAGUGGUUCAAACAAACAUUCAUUGGUGAAGAUGGCGAUGACAACUACAGUGACGACGACUAAUGACUGUGCCCCAUAACCAGGGUGAACAUUCCUAGUAAACGUAGACAAAGCGGAGGAUUCUGUUUGGUGGCUAAGGUUUCCACAUCCAUUCUUGUUAGGAGUACAUGCAUCUUUAGGUCAGAUGGUUGAAUUUAUGUUUGUACACGGGAGAAAGAAUCUUUACUCUCCACAAGUUAAUCACAGAACAGACCAGCAAUGAGAAUAAACUAAGAGGUAU